UUUGUAACUGCGUAUGUAAAACAAGUUUGUGUGAAAUAAUCUAAAUCCGCAGAGACCCCUAGCUGCUGCUUGAGAAGCGUUCGUGCGCAUGCGUGCGCCUCUGCACCUGUUCAGCAGUGGCGCGCGCUCCCGACAUCUCAGCGCGCCGCCGUGCAAAAUAUGGGGGCGCGCUCUUUAUGGCAGGUCUCAGAAGAGGGGGAGCAGCAGCGCACGAGCGCGCCGUCGUUGUCAGGGACGGACGGGGUACAGCUGGGAAAAACACAUCCGCACGCACGCACACCCCCGUCUCCGUCACACACGCACAUACGGCAAAAACAAAAGCGGCUCUAAAGCAGGAGAGAGCGGAGCGGGAGAGAGGGAGCAUGCGGCGAGGAGCAGGGGCUGCAGCAGACCUUUGUUUGUUUCCUGGAAACCCUGGAGCGCGAGGGGAUAAAAUGGAGUGGUAGAGGGGCUCCGAGGCGCGAGAGGUGCGUCCACCUGCUGCUACCGGAGAGGCAGUCCGGGCUCGCGAGACGGGGCAAACAUGGUGAGGGCGCUGCAUUGAAGAGGCUUACAAAAAACACAACAACAACAACAUCAUAUGACAGCAGUCCACACGCCGAGCGACCAAACGGAGGCUUAAGAGCGGGCGGGACGCGCGGCCCGGGUGUAACGGGAGGCUGGACAGUAAUAAUUAUGUUAAUAAGAGAGAGAUUCAGUUCAAACUGAUGGAUGUUCUACAGGAGUCCCGAUUCUCAGGGGCAGAUCAAAGCCCUCGCCCAGGAGAUGCCAGUGAAAAUGAACCACAUGACCCGUUGGCAGAUGUGUCAGAAGAUCUGAGGCGCUGCGAUGACAUUGCUCCUGCUGUGCUGUCCCUGCCCUCCCUCUGUGGCCAAAGUCAGACCUCUGAAGGUCCUCUUAGCCCAGCUGACCUGCAUGAUGGAUCUGUCUCCAACACCACCUCUCUUUCUUCGCUCUCUUCGUUCUCCUCUCUUUCCUCCCUGUCAUCUCUCUCUUCUGUGCCCUGUUCCAAACCUGUGACGCCCUGGUCUGUGCCGCAGACCUGUGACAGGUCAUCCCUCUCCAACAUGGACUCCAGGGGUGGAGACUGCCUUAGCUGUCUGAUCCCCAAAAAUCAGACAGAACCGGAAUCCUGUGAGUCCGUACUCAGCUUUGCCAGCAUCAAUUUGCAAUGCCUUGGCCCCGCCCCCAGCGCAGGUCGCUAUGGUGACCAGGUUCUAUCUGACCAGCUGCUCAGCGGCCCUGCCAAUCCAGCUGUAACCAAUGAAGGGGCUGAGGAAGGGAGGUCAAUGCAGGAAAGCGAAUCAGAUGAGGAUCCUGCAUCCAGGAGCAUAUACGAAGGUCUCGGAGAGGAAGCACAGGACUGGAGCUGUCUAGAAACUCUCAUCAGCGAGAGCCGUAUGGAGCUGUUGGAUUUAUGCUCUCGCAGUGAACUUGCAGUCAACCUGUUCUGUGAAGAGGAUGUAGAGAAUUACAUGUUUCAAGAGGAGGAGACAGCACUUAGUACUGAUGUCUGCUCACUCAAAAUACGCUAUGAGUCCUAUCAGGAUGGAGUGCAGGAGAGGACUGAAUCUGCCUUACAGAACGAGUCUCAGCUAGGUUUCUUUCCCAGCUUACCAUGCAGUAGAAAGGAGGGCCCAAAAGAGAAACCAGACCAAUCUGUUGAGAUUAAAGCUGAUGAUCAUGUGAACCCCAAUAUAAGCCCUGACAGUAACUUUAUUUUUGACCUCAGUAACUCGCCAGAAGAUUCUGGUGAAUUUAGUGAUGACAGCUCUUGCACGGGCUCCCCAGAUCACGGGCUCUCCCUCCGACAUGCCUGCUUAUCCAGAGAAAACUCUAGCUCCUCCAGCCAGCUAAGCUACCGCCUCCGAGCCAAGAGGAAGGUGGCCUACAGAGAAGACUAUUUGUACGAUGUGGACUCUAUAGAAAGUGAGAAAAAUGCAGAAAAACGUGAGAAACAGCCCGCUGGUGUAAAAAAGGAGCGCGAUGAUGACUGGUGCCCGAAGAAGAGGCGGCGGUCCAAUAGGAAGGACCCACCUGUUAUCAUUAAAUACAUAAUCAUUAAUCGGUUCAAAGGACAGAGACAUAUGAGAGUGCGGCUGGGACGAGUCGAACCAUCACCUGCUGUCGUCUGUCUGAGUCCAAAUGCUCUCCUACACUAUGAGAGACUUGCACCGUUAAAAGCAUACUGGCAGGCAAGAGAAAAAGAGCAGCAGGAGCAAAAUAGAUUGAGAGCUGCAGAAACAAACAAACGUCUCAAUGGCUGCAAAAGACCACCAAGCACUAAACCCAAACGCAAGCACAGGAUGGCCAGACUCAGGAUCCAGCAGAUCCAUGCAGUACAGAAUUCCCUCCCCAGCCAAACUAUAGUGGUCCCCAUCAACAAUCAGUCAGAGGGGACGGAAUCACUAAAAAGCACAGAGGAACCAAAAGAGGAGAUUACCUCAAUUACACACACUGCCAGGGCUAAAAGCAGAACACAGGAGAGAGAGGAAAGAAGAAAGGCAGGUAAAACAGGGAAGAUAAAGAAAUUCAAAAGUGAAGCAAGACUACGUUUAAAAAAGUUGAAAGAAGCUGAGACACAGGAAGUCCCUGAAGCUUCUGAGAUUGAGCAGUAUAGCCCAUGUUUACCAGAAAACCUUAGUAACUCUAUGGAAGGUAAUGUCACAAAUGAAACCUCCCCUGAAAAAUGCACUUUGACCCCAACUGCUACAGAAACUAAUGGGAAUGCUGAACUCCUCCCAGGGGGAUACUUGCAAACACUUCUUGAAGCCUCUGAGUCAUCGAGCACUGCUAGCAUCACCUAUUUCCAACCAGGGCUGCAGAACACCUCAUUACAGCCAGUCCAAAGCUGUGUUCUCUCUCCUCCCUCUGAAUCAGAGCUACCCCACUCUCCUUCAUCUGUUAACCACGGGCCUCACCACACACGUUAUGUGGAACCAAACCUUACUGAACCUAACCAGCCCAUUUCAUGGCCAUCCCAACCAUCUGCUGACCAGUUGCCCUUCUCCCCAGACAUCCCGACCCAGUCACCUAUGAUGCCAUCAGCCUUUCCCACUCCAUUGCCUGUGUUAGCUGGGGAUGGUACGAAUGUUGCAGGCUAUGGGCAAGUAUCUCUAUCAGGGUGCAGGGUAUCAUAUGAAGAGUCCCAACCUGAUGCCGAUUAUGGCUUAAGUCCGGCUGGGUCUCGAAGUGACAGUGGUGUAGGGCGACUAGUUAGCUUUAACUCCCAGGGGUCACUUUCGGCUACCUCAAGCAAUUAUAGCUCGCUCAGCCUGAGAGAGGGAGAAAGGGAGAGGGAAGAGGAGAUCAGUGAGAUCAAUGAUGGCUUCUUGCCGCAUUGCAGCCCACGUCUUGUCCUACAGCAAAGUCUAGAAGAAGUUGCUCCACUUCGAGAGUCCACUGACCUUCUGGAUAUCUCUAACUUUACCCCUGACAAGUUCCGUCAUUCAUCGCUGUCUGAGAUGUCUCCACCAGACACACCUAACUCUUCCCCACAGCUGCUGGGGAACUGUGGAAAAGUUGGAGAGUUCUCAGAGGCAGCAGAGGCAAAUGUGCAAUGGAACUGUGGAGCUGUGCCACAGCUUAAUCAAGAGGGAAACCCACAUCUACUUCAGAUACACUCUUUCAACACAGCAGAGGAAGAAGUGGGGCUUAGGGAUCACAAAAGUUCCACAAAAAAGGGUGGGAAAAAUGGACAAGGCCCUAAAAAGACCAAAACCACUAAAACAGUAAAAGGAGAGAAAGCAAAGCUCCCACGUCAAGGUUCUCGCUCUGUGCGAAAGAUCAAAGCCUUGCUAGAGGGAAAAGCAGCCAAAAGUAGCGGAGGGUCAGGAAGUGGAGCUUCAUCCCCCACCCCAUCGCUUAGCUUGAUGGGAGCUCAAGGGGAGUGGCCUAUUGCUGGGGGUGUGUCAAAUGAUGACCAACGAGAAUUCCAGGAACCAUCAAACAUACUGUCCAAUAUUGUGUCUGGCAUGGCUGAGGUACAGCGCUUCAUGAGGGCCUCUGUGGAACCUCUUUGGGGGCCUUGCUUGUCACCAGGUCAACAUGCCCUUCAGAGCCAGACUCUGAAGAUUCUGGGUAGUGCCGCUGACCUUAAAAAGCGAGGAGGUGCCUCAGGCGGAGGUCGAGGGAAGAAAGGAGCUGGUCGUGGUAGUGGUAAAGCACUGCCUAAACUUCUCCCACCAGGAUUUUUUCCCACCCUCGGAUUGGACUGCCUCCCACUCCCACACCGCCCAGCCCACAAAAAAAUGUACCGUCACAAAACCAGUGCUAAAUUUGCCCGUGAGGAACUCUUAGCGGGCAAAAGGGAUGUAAAAGGAGUAGCAUUGACCGCUUUGGUCGAGAAACGGAGCUAUAACACUGUAUGUGUUAAAUCAGUGCCACAGCACCGUGGUUUAAACCAAGCCCAGCGCCCUGCUCUGUCUCUCAGCAAAUGGUUGCCUUCUGUUCAGGGGUCAAAGGUCAUGUGUAGUAUUCUGUGCUAAGAAUCGAUUUCCCCUCAUUUCUGUGCCAACCCCUCAGAAUAUUGGGCUUUGACAAGCUGAAAGAAAGCAUCUCAACUGAGAUGCGCUUGUUUUCUGAGGUUCUGAAAUUUCAAAAGAGAUUUUAGUUUGUUUAGAACUUGUGAAAAGGAGGUUCAUUCAUCUGUUCACCAGUGAAUCUCCUCCUGCCAGUAUCAAAAUGCUGUUGUACACAAACAUAUGCACUAUUUACAAAACAAGAUUAUAUCAGACAUGUUCAAAUUAAUGUGCCAAACUAUGAACAAUUAAAUGUACAGACAUUUUUAUCUACAUAAAUAUUUGCUGUUUUAUAACGUGGCAGUGAUUGAAGAGCGUGAGUGUGUGCUUGGGGUGGGGUGGGGGCGGGGGAGUUGUUAAUCUGAGAUUCACUCCUGUUGCAUCACAUCUGUAUAAACAGCUACAGGCAAGGAGUCGUCUCAACAAUCAAAAAAAAAAAAAAUGUUCUUGGAUUAUUUUCUGUGUUUUACACACCUGGCUCGUUCAAGAUUAGCAGCAAGAAAUGAAAGAUGCAUGAAAGGAUUAGAGGGAGGAAGCCGAAGUGCUAAAUGGCAGAGAAAAACAUUGGUUGCCUUCAUUCCAAUCAGUUUCUGGAUGGUAAAAGCUCACUGUUCAUGUGUUAACAAGGUAAGAAAAUGAUCAUUCCUUCUUAUAACAAGACAUAUAAUGCAUUCUAACUUGUUUACUUCCCCAAGUUUCUAGUUUAGCAAAUCUAUUUCUCUGUACCUUGAAUGAAUUUUACACCCUUAAAACCAGUUAAGAACCGGACCAAAUCUUUUUUGAAGGUUUUUCUAAUUUGUUGCUAGUGAUGUGCAUGCAUUUAAAACAUGAUAUGAAUUUGUGAUGUGAAUGCUGAUCCCCUGUAUUAUUACUUUCUCUGAAUCGCCUGUUUUUUCUUACCUGAUCUCAAAACCAUUGUUUUUCUAUUGCUGUUGGAAUGUUAUUUGUUGUGUUAUAAAAGAGGGAAAGACACCAACUUGGUUACCCCAUGUACUGUUUACUACAUUGCUGCAGGAUUUUGAUUUGUACGACUCCCUGGAAUCGAUUUUUUAUUUGUAUUUAUGAUCACUUUGAGUUGUCAGAUACUACAUUCGUUUAGUUUGAGAACAAUUCCCUCCUUUUUCAGAGUUCAAACGCUGUAAGCGAUGCUGUGAUUGAUCUAUGGUUAGAUUAUUUGAGAAAAUGUUGACGAAAGCAGGUGCAGAUGAUGAGUGGCAAUCCACAGCUGGAGUUGUGAAUCAGAAACGAGCUCCUCUGAAAACCUCUUGAUUUUUGAAUGAAUUAAUUUGAGGCAAAUCAGCCUCGUCAAGCAAAAGACCAGAAAAGUAAUCGGUGAAACUCCUUUAAGGUUUGUUUUCCAAUAUAAUUGUUUUCCCCCAUGCCGAGGGAAUAGAGAUGUAUCGCAGUUGGUUCAGGUCCGUGACUCAGGGAACCCAACUGCACUCGCAUCUCUCAUUCUCUCUGAUGCCCCCUGCUGUACUGUUGUUACACCUGCAGGCCAUCUGUGAUGCCAGUGCCGGGUGCUCUUGUUCAGAUUUCGAGAGUAGAGUGAACUUUAUAGCACACGCAUAUUUAUAUCAUUUCCGAAACAGUGUUAUUCCCCUAUAAGUGCAUCAUGUAAAGUGAAAACAGGCAUAUCAAAAACUUAAUCGUGCCCUAUUUAUGAAUGUAUUAUAUUGUCAAGUUGGAAGUAUUAUUUUCAUGAUUUAUUUGACACUGCAUUACUUGUAACUACUUUUGCCUUUUUUCAUCAUCAAGGAAAAAAAAACAACUACUUUCUACUGCCUGGUCUAUCUUCGCCAGGUGGAUUAUCAACGAACUCUCUUGAUGUAGGAAAAAAAUGAUGACCUGUAUAUUUUUCAUUGUGCCAAUUUGUAACAUAUUUUCUAAGUGUAUAUUUUUCUUAGAAAGUGAUGUGAGGUCGUUCUUACUGUGGCUUCGUUCUUUUCCCUUUUCCGCGAGCGAAAAGGUUGCUAAUUGCCAUGAUGUUUUCUUUCUUUUUAUUUUUCCUUUCUCUCUCUCUUAUUUGUUUUUUGUUUGUUUGUUUUAAAACCAAAAAUUGAAAAUACUAUAAAAAAUAAAUAAAAAACUAUUGUAAAGGAGAGAGAAGGAGAGCAAGCUGUGACUCUUUGUUGAGAGUUUUUGUAAUUGGACCAAUCUUGUUGUAAGAGUGUUGUGCUCUAGUAAAAAUAUAUAUUAAUUUAAAGAAUACAUUUAAAAAAGAAACCAUGAAAACAGACAGUGGAACAAUAAACACUAAUUUGUGAUCUCAUUGCUGUUUUAUAGAUUUUCAUGUAAAUGAUUCUAGUAUUUUGUUUUUGUUGUAUCUGUCACAAAAGUUGAAAUAUUUGUGAUCAAGCCUGUAUGGUGACAAAUGUAAUAUUGGUAACUUGCUGAGUUUUGUAAUCAUGUUUAUGGAAUAAAUAUUAAUUAAAAGAGCUUUUGAUCACUUGU